UAGGAGAGAGAAGUGGCUUGAAGUGCAGGGGUAAAUCAUAAAUUCACCACCACCACCUGCUUGCAGGGGGAGGGGGAUUUGAAUCUAUCCAGAGCUCAAGAUAAAACACCAUGGGAUUUUGCAGAAAGUUCUGAAGGCAGGGAUUCUUAUUUCUGCUCUGCCCUCCUUCCUGCAAUUGGGUUGGUGAUGGGACAGGGGUUGAGUACACUGUCCAUCUUAGAAGAGGAUGUACAGGGCAUACCAGAGUGGAUGGUACUGGAUGAAGAAGCACAGGGUGCAAAUUCUUCUGUGACAGGCCAGGCUCCAUCUGUUGUCGAGGAGAGGCAACUGCGGAAGGAAACGGAGCAGGAACAUGUUAAUAGGGAAGCCAGAUCUUUGGGUGAUGUGCAGGUGAUUGAGAAUGAGGGAGCAUCAUAUGAGAUAUUAUCAGAAGGAUCUCAGUAUGAAGAGGUGAACUUCACACAGAGAAUUCAGAUGGGAGAGAGACCCUAUCAAUGUGAACAAUGUGAAAGAGGCUUCCGUCUUAAGUCACACCUCAGUAUACACAAAAAAAGUCACUCAAGAAAGGCAUCCUAUGAAUGUGAACUAUGUGAAAAAAGCUUCAAACACAAGUCAACCCUCAUUGUACAUCAAAGAAUCCAUUCAGGGGAGAAACCUUAUGAAUGCAAAUUAUGUAGGAAAAGCUUCACUCAGAAGACAAGCCUUACUGUACAUGAAAGAAUCCAUACAGGGGAGAGGCCAUACAAAUGCUCAGAAUGUGACAAAAGGUGUAAUUCUCAAUCUGACCUUAAUAAACAUCUAAGAACCCAUACUGGGGUAAGGCCUUAUAAAUGCUCAGAAUGCGAACAGAGCUUCAGGUUCAGCAAUACUUUUAAAGCACAUCAGAAAACCCAUACAGGGGAGAUGCCAUACAAAUGCUCAGUAUGUAGCAAGAUGUAUAAUUCUCAAUCUGGGCUUGUUAAACACCAAAAAAUCCAUAGUGAAGAGAAGCCUUAUAAAUGCUCAGAAUGUAAACAGGGCUUCAGGUUCAGCACACACCUUUCUGCACACCAGAGAACCCAUAUAAGGGAGAGGCCGUACGAAUGCUUGGAUCUUGGCAAGGGCUCUACUUCCCAAUCUGACCUUAUUAAACAUCAAAAAUUCCACACUGAAGAGAAGCCUUAUAAAUGCUCAGAAUGUGAACGGAGCUUCAGGAUGAGCACCAACCUUAUUGCACAUCAAAGAACCCAUGCAGGGGAGAGGUACAAAUGCUCAGACUGUGGCAGAGGCUGUACUUCUCCAUUUGACCUUAUUAAACAUAAAAGAACCCACAUUCCAGAGAGUCCUUAUAAAUGCUCAGAAUGUGAACAGAGCUUCAGGUUCAGCACACAGCUUAAUGCCCAUCAGAGAACCCAUAGAGGGGAAGAUCCAAACGGUGACAUAAGCUUUGCUUCCCAAUCGAGCUUUAUUACACAUAACACAAUCCAUCCCCCAAAGAAACAUUUUAUAUGCUCCAAGUGUGAACGCAGAUUUGAAUGUAGUGGAAGCCUUGGACUACAUCAGCUAAGUCAUAAGGAGGAGGCACCACCGAAAUUCUAGUACUGCAGAAAGACUCUUUUGAUCAAUCAAAUGAAUGAGCAUAAGAUAAUUCCCACUAGAGGGAGCCCAUGAGAUAAUUUUUCAGCAUGUAAAAAGAGUUUUUAUCAUAGUGCACACCUUAUUUCACACCAAAUAAUCCAUAAAGGGGUGAAGUUCUUACCAGAAACUCCCACUAUCCCUUGGUGAUCAGAUGGAGUUCUGCCUUGAGGGCCUUGCAUAUCUGAGUUUGGGAAGGUAUUUAACCAAAGCAAGGUCUUGUAUAUGGUUACCUUAUGUGGAACUCCCUGCCUAAGCUUUUACAGUUCUUGAGUAGCUUUGAUUCUUUUAAUGAAAUGAUUUUAACAAAAUAUAGUUGCUCUUUUGAUUGCCCAGGAGAGUAGUCAAAGAAAUGACUCUGUUUUCACGUACUGCAAUUAACAGCCAUUAGACAUUAUGUAAUUGUUUAUUGCAGGAAAGCUGUGGAAAGCUGGAUUGCAGCAAAGGGUUUUGUGAUUGUUAGGGUGCAUCACACAUCAGGGAAAUGAUAGACAUAACUGUGGAGGGAAAUUCAUCAACAUAAGAGAGCGCUGGAGAGGCAGAGAGAUGUCCCAAAUGCUUCUGUUUCCCCAUUCUUCCAUUUCUCUGUGUAAUUCCCGUAGCUGGAUCUCCUUUUUAAAUGCAUGUUUUAUUUUGUAUUUGCGUCUGUAAAUAUUGGAAUGUGUUUGCUCUAUUCACCAAUAAAGUUCUUUUGUGUUUUUUU